CGCUGUGGAGCAACAUUCGUUCAACAACGAGCAAUCAGCAACAAGUCAAAAGCUUGAAAGUAAGCAAACAAAAGUGAAAACCAAAAUAAACUGAAAAGCAAAGUUUUAACGGUCACAAAGUGAAAGAAUUUCAAAAAAAGUUCUAAUUUAAAUUGAAAAUCUGUGUUUGUGAAAUAGAAGAAAACCGAAAAACUUUACAACAACAAUGAGCAAUAUUGCGAAGCAGAGUUGUCGCCUAUGCCAAACGGCGGGCAAACAAAUCAAUUUCUUCCCCAAUCCCUGGAAGACAGCCGCACCGGCCUUCUCCACAUCGUGCACAUGCAAUCAGACAAAUGCCGCUCAGAAACCGGAAACUCCUGCUAUGAUGUUCUCAAGGAAAUUUCUUUCGAAAGUCUCUCUGAAGAACAUAACAGGACGCCCCGUGCCACAAGAGGAUCCCUGGAAGCCAUGGCCAAAUAGCGUGAAUCCACACACAGGCGAAAUUGGCGGUCCAGCUGGUCCCGAACCAACACGUUAUGGCGAUUGGGAGCGCAGAGGUCGCGUCUCAGAUUUCUAGUCCAAAGCAAGCUCUUUUUUCUAACUAGCAUUUAAGCAUUUGUAAGAUACAAACUAUUACCCAGAUAUUUACGCGCAUAUUGUGUUGAAGCAAUAUUUAGUUAGUACUAGUAAUUAGUAAGCAACCUAGACUGAAUAAGUGUGUUAAUUUAUAUUGUAAUAAAUUACCAAAAUAUUUUA